CACACGCCGAUCUUGACGCCCGCACUGUUGCGUAAUUCCACGUCUAAGCUCACGACACAAUAAGAAGUCUUAGUCGAUUUAAGUUCUUUUACAUUUUAGUUUAAAAUACUACAAUCACCUGUACGUGGAAAAUAAAAAUGCGCGUCGUUAAUUAAGUCGAUCGUCAGGCAGCAGGCACCCAAAUAAUUGCCGUGAAGGAAGCUCAUACAGGGCUGCCCGCAACGGGCACCCCAUCAAUUAGUGGCACCUGUCGGACACGCGCUGCGCAUUAAUUCGCACUCGCGAUAAGUGAGCCCGCAAAAAACUCCAAAAUAAACUGGAACCAAUGCACCUGCGGCAAUCUGCGGGCGCCGCGGAACUGUCACAGUGACGGAGUCGGGUGUGGCGCGAGCGGACUGUGGUCGCGCUCUCUCGGGACCUGCCUGACGAUAUGAUCAUGUUAUUCAAGGGCAACAGCAGCAGGUUGGAGCACCUCAUAGAGAAAAUUCAGGCGAAUAAAGAAAAUCACGACGGCAUUUCAGACGAUAUAAAAGAGGCGCUGGGUAGUGUGGGCAGUACGGCGGGCAGCUCGUGGCCGUCGUCGACGCCGGAGCCGUCACCGUCGCCCGUCUCGACGCCUACCUCGGCCGACGCUGCUGAUGGCGUCGACGCCGACGUGGAGCCGCCCUUCACCCUUGGCGUCACAGAGCACACACCCUAUCAGUGCCAGUUCUGUGAAAAAGCUUUUCCUAGAUCUUCAUAUCUCAAAAAACAUGAACAGACACAUUCGGAUCAACUGCCUUUUCGGUGUGAGUUCUGCACGCGGCUGUUCAAGCAUAAGCGCUCCCGAGACAGGCAUGUGAAACUGCAUACUGGCGACCGCAAGUAUCGCUGCGCACAUUGCCCUGCCGCCUUCUCCAGGAGUGAUCAUUUAAAGAUCCAUAUGAAGACCCACGACAAUCAGAAACCGUUUCAAUGUACGGUAUGCAACCGUGGUUACAAUACAGCUGCAGCGUUGACAUCGCACAUGCAGGGCCAUAAACGAGAUCGCGAGGGUCGCGAACCAGAACGUCGUCGCGUAUUGCGUUGUUUGCGCUGUGGAGACGCUUUCCGACGGCCAGAUCUACUCCAGGCUCAUAUGGCAAAUGUACACGGCGUCGAAACUGCAGCUAUGACUCCUCCGCGUCGAGUAGCAUCUCAACCACCGCCCACACUUUUAGCGUGUAUAUACUGCACUCGCGACACCUUCACAAGCAUGGAGCAGCUGCAAUUACAUGUUCGCGCUGCUCACUCUGCAUUAUUGAACGGCGAGACGCCAUUGUCAACAGUUGAUCAACCAGCGCCCACUGAUCUUAGUCGACGGGCACCGGAGGAAGGAAUUCCACCCGUCAAAAGACCACGUUCCGGUUCCGGCACGCCACAAACUGCGUUGUCGCCAAACACCUUGUUGUGUAAUCAGUGUGGUGCUGCAUUGCCAGAUUUUGAGGCUUUUCGCGCGCAUUUGAAAGGCCAUCUAGAGGAAGGCGGAGAACUGGGACGAUCCAGCCCCGCACCGUGUCUGCACUGUGGAGCGACAUUUGCUGAUGCGGCGGCCUCGGAACGUCACUUGGCCUCCUACUAUCUCGCCAUCUCCUGCGAAUAUACAUGCCACAGCUGUGCUCGCAGUUUUUCAGCGCCAGAUGAUUUACAGAAACAUCUUCUUGAUAUGCAUUCACAAAAUUUAUAUCGGUGUGCCUUGUGCAAAGAGAUUUUCGAUUCGAAAGCAGCAAUUCAGGUACAUUUUGCAGUGGCACAUAGCGGUGAGAGCAAAGUAUGGGUGUGUCGAUCAUGUGGGGGUGGCGCGGGCGCAAUGCGUUCUGAAGCGGCGGCUACGGCCCACGUGCGUGCACGUCACGCGCCUCCGCGCUGCAGCUGUGGCGCCGUGCGAGCACCCGCGGCUGCGCACCGGCCCUACCGCUGUCCAAUGCCUGCUUGCACCGACACAUUCGCGGUCCAGUAUUUGUUGGAGAGGCAUGUGCAGACACACCACGCGCCACCACAAGUUUUAAAUGGAGAUGUUGCUCGGGUGAAACGAGUAGAAAACAACAACGCUAAUGAAGGCAUUGACGGAGAAUGCUCGCCGUGUACUACGGUGCCAGAUGGAAACGGCACAAGUGUGGGUACUGAGGAGCGACGACGUAAGAAUGGUGCAGUGGCGCUACAAUGUGCGUAUUGCGGCGAGCGCACGCGCAGCCGAGCUGAAUUGGAGGCGCACACGCGUGCACACUCCGGCGCCGCAACUGCGAGACACAAAUGUCUAAUUUGUGAUGAAGUGUUACCCUCUGCUGGAGUGUUAGCAGAACAUAAACUUACACAUUGCAAGGUCGUUGCGGGGGAUACAUGUGCAAGAUGUCGUGCGAGGCUGUCUUCGGAGGAGUCGUUCCUUUCACACAUGGCCCGCCAUCAUCCGGCAUUGCCGGCGCCAUGUGUAGUCUGCAGACAGACUCUUGCUUCAGAGGCCGAAGCACGACUACAUGCUAGAUUUCAUUUACGACCCGCUGAAGAUGAGCAACGAUGUGCGAUAUGUCUUAGAGCAUUGCCUGAAGGAGAAGCUGGUGAAGGCGCCCGAGCAUGUUCAGCGUGUUACGCGCGACAUGCCGCUCCACGGCCGCCGCCUCCAGCCGAUCAUGAUUGUCGAUUAUGUCGUCGAGCUUUAGGUUCUCCUACUCGAUUACAAGCCCAUCUUAUCGAGCACACUUUCGCGGGCAUAGACACUUUCACCUGUUACUUAUGUAGAGCAGUAUUCACGAGUGCGGUAGGUUUACAGCGGCACUUACCAGAACACGCUGACGUGCCGCGACCUUUUGAUUGUGGCCGCUGCGGACUGAAAUUCUUUUUCCGAGCUGAAAGAGAUAACCACGCAUUCGUUCAUCUCGAGGAAGCAGAAAUAGCUCAAAGGGCUUUCUAUGAAGCUUACGCUAGAGGAGCUGCAUCAGCGUGGGCUGCGUUAGCUCCUCCAGAAUCGACACAACAAGUUACUACUCCGCCAGCGGUAGAAGUGAAACAAGAGCCUGAGAUAAAGGAAGAGCGGAAUACUGACGAGUAUAUUGAAGUAUCGUCUCCUCCACCUGUUGCGCCAGCUCCUCCCCCACCUUCAAAUGGAUCGCCUGCACCAGUGGUGAAACAAGAGAAACCCGACGAUGACUGAACCGUUUCUUCACGAUCACGAACGAUAUCGUCCGACAUGCGAGAUUUGUCCCGCUGCAAUACUAGAUUACGUCCCAGCUAAUGAUAGUUAUAUUAAUAAUUAUUACAGAUGUUGAAUUUUUGCGUUUAGAACGCCGUGUCUCUUGUAUGUAGAUAAUUCGUACGUUAUAUUAUGUAUCUUUUAUGUUGUUUAGAAGUCGUAUGUUUUGUAAAGUUUACAUGGCUAUUUGUAUAAAAUGUUAACUUAAUAAAU